CACAAACCAACAAACAACAUGUGAGAGAUCGCCGUCACCGUGCGUGUGCGGUGGCCCUUAUACAAGAUGCGCCAUAGAAGGGAGAACUUGAAGAUGCAAUUUGACGCAUCUGAGUUACUGUUUUAUUUUGAUCGCUGCAAGGCACACCCAGAGCAAAUGCCGUUUUUUUGCUGGCUAAUAAUCCAAAAUUUGGCCGUUGAUCAUCCGAGUGGUAAUGUGCCGGUCACGUGACUUUGUUGUUCCUCCGCCAUCUUGUCGAAGCUCCACUUCCUGUAACGAAUAUUUCCACAAGUAAACGUUGAAAUACCGGAUCAUUACAGUGUUUAUCAGCUUGUAUGGCUUGAUGGUGAACUUAAAUCCCACCCUAAGUUGGUCACCAUCGUGGCAGGCCAGCUUUAACUCACUCAAUAUGGACUAAUCAAGGCAGUUGAGCUGAAGCCAUGAAAACCUUUGCAUCUGUGGGUGUGAACUUUAUAAGAAGAGGAAGAGUUAAUUUUCUGUCCAGAACAGUUUGGACCAUUUAUAGAGCUCCGCAGUAUGUCCAUAAAGCUGGUGUCAAGCGGUAGUUACAAUGUACGAGCGUCAGAAAUGGCCCACAAUCAAGAUCGUCAGCCCAAAACUGUUAAUUGUGUUGUCCACUUCCUUGAUGAGACAGAUGAGACAUUUGAAGUUGAUAAGCGGUCCAAGGCACAGCAGCUAUUGGACAAAGUGUUUGACCAUCUGGAGCUGGUAGAGAAGGACUACUUUGGCCUGCAGUUUAUAGACAUGGCCCCCGGAGAGGAUGGCAUGCGUUGGCUUGAUCCCUUGAAGACAAUCAAGAAACAGUGUAGAGGUCCCCCUUAUGAGUUCUUCUUUCGUGUCAAGUUUUAUGUGUCAGACCCAAGCAAACUUGCUGAAGAAUACACACGAUACCACUUCUUCCUGCAAGUUCGCCAGGACAUGCUAUCUGGGAAACUGGUGUGUUCUGAACAUCAGGCAGCCGCCCUUGCCAGUUACGCUGUACAGUCUGAACUUGGUGACUUCAAUCCUGAUGAACACAAAGAUGGUUAUCUCAAUGGCUUUAUGUUUGUCCCCAACCAGACAAGAGAAUUUGAACAACAAGUGGCAGAAAAACACAGGCAGCAUCGGGGUCAAACACCGGCUGACGCUGAAUUUAACUUCCUGGAGAGGGCAAAGCGACUGGAGAUGUAUGGUGUAGAUUUGCACAAUGCACGGCUGAUGCUGCCAGAGGAGGAGAAAAAGGUGAUGACUAAAACCAGUUGUCAAUUCAGAUUUGGUUUUUCCCCACUAUGCUAUUUUUGGUCACUCUCUCUCUGCCUAGUUCAUAUCUUUUUCUUCUUUUAAAAAAGUAUUUAAGGAAAUACUGUUAGGACUUCUUAAUUUAACUAAAAGUGCUUUAUUAAAAAAGACAUGGAUGUGUUUCCUGCAGGAAUGCUUGUUGAAAACUAGAAGUAUAGUGUAUUGUAGGGUGCUGAUGGAUAUUCUGUGAGUGAAUGUGCUGAACAUUCUUAAGCAACUAUUUUAGCCAUUAGGAUAAUAUGCACAUUUUUUCUUAUUUUGCUCUGUCUGAUUUUUUUUUAUAGUGAUGUCCUUUUUU